CACAGCUAAACAAAGACUUCAGCAAUCUGAAGCAAACUAUAAGUAAAAGUUGGGAAGAUGAGUUCUAGCUGGUCUGUGGAGGUUGAAACCAAAUCCCCAGCGGCUGCUGUCUUUAAGGCCACUUUCAUUGACUGGGAUAAACUCGGUCCUAAGCUCCUCCCUGAGCUUAUCACUGGUGUCACUUUAAUCUCUGGAGAUGGCAGUCCGGGGAGCGUCAGGCAGAUCAACUUCUCCCCAGUGGUACCUUUUAGCUUCGUGAAGGAGCGGCUUGAUUUCAUCGAUCAUGAAAAGCAUGAGGUGAAGGUUUCUGUAGUGGAGGGCGGACAUUUGGGAUCCAAACUUGAGUCUGCAACUUCACACAUCAAGGUGGAGCCAAAGGGGAACGGGUCUGUUGUUAAGCUCACAGCAACAUAUAAAGCCAUCGCGGGCGCUGAUGUUGCAGAGGACAUCGAGAAGGGAAAGGAAGGUUUCAUCAAGAGCGUGAAGGCUGUGGAGGAAUAUCUUGCAGCCAAUCCUGGAACCUAUGCAUAAAAAUCUUAGACUUUGCUCCUCAAGUAAGAGUGUGAGUGUGUUUGGGAUUGUGGUGUGGUAAUAAAGAGGAUUGGUUUGUCAAUCUGCUGAGAAGAGGUUUCAUGAGAGUGCUUUUGUAUUUAAUUGUUGUAUGUUGUGGUUUAUGCUUUGCUAUAAGCAGAAUAAAAUGAAUGUUAUGUUA